UGGCGACUUAACCUCUCCGAGUCCGACUAAAAGCCAUCAGAAUUGAAUAAACAGAAGAAAAUCAUCGAUAACCAUUUUCUCUCUCUAGGGUUUCUUUGCCUUCAGCUUUAUUUCUUACUUUCUUCCGUAGAUCCAGCUUUUUUGUUCGCUUUUCGGAGCUGCAAAUGGACGUGGCAGUGACUGCCGUCCGGUCGCCGGCGAUCGCCCUUGGAAGACCGAUCAACGCCUCCGCCUCAGCUCGGUUCGCUUCUACUUUAGGAUUUUCCAGAAAGGUAUGCUUCACUUCAUUAUCUAUCCCCAAGCAAGGUCGCAGGAAUAGAAGAGGAUUAGUAGUUAGAGCAGCAUCGUCAUCUGAAUCCGAUGGCACUGCGAAGAUUGCUCCUCUUCAGUUGGAGUCCCCAGUUGGGCAGUUUCUUUCUCGGAUUUUGAAAGAUCAUCCACAUCUCGUGCCUGCUGCCGUCGACCAGCAGCUUGAGCAGCUUCAAACUGACCGCGAUGCUGAUCAACAAAAGGAAGAGCCCUCUGCUUCAGGCACUGAUUUAGUUUUGUACAGGAGAAUUGCUGAGGUGAAGGCUAAUGAAAGGAAGAAAACUCUGGAAGAGAUCUUGUAUGCAUUGGUGGUGCAGAAGUUCAUGGAUGCUAAUAUUUCUUUGAUACCCUCCAUAAUCCCAGAUCAGUCUGGUAAGGUUGAUCUGUGGACAAACGAAGAUGGUAAACUUGAACAGCUUCACUCACAUGAAGCAUAUGAGAUGAUUCAAAACCACUUGAGUCUCAUUCUGGGUACCAAAGUAGGAGAUUUAACAUCAAUAGCUGAAAUCAGCAAAUUCAGGGUAGGGCAAGUCUAUGCAGCAUCGGUGAUGUAUGGUUAUUUUCUUAAGCGAGUUGACCAAAGGUUCCAGCUGGAGAAGACAAUGAAAAUUCUUCCAAAUGCAACAGAAGAAGAGAAUAGUGUUCAUCAAACUACAAUGGACAAUGCAAGUCCGAAUAUUGAAGAGGACAAUUCUCAAGUGAUGUCUCAUCCUGAAGUAUCUACCUGGACUGGUGGUGACGUCAGUCCUAGUGGAUUCAGCUAUGGUAUAAAGCCCACCAGGUUGCGUAGCUAUGUGAUGUCCUUUGACGGUGAUACCCUACAAAGAUAUGCGACAAUUAGAUCCAAAGAAGCUGUCAGCAUCAUUGAGAAGCACACAGAGGCAUUGUUUGGAAGACCUGAAAUUGUUGUAACACCUGAGGGGGCAGUCUCUAAGGAUGAAAACAUCAAAAUUAGCUUUGGUGGUUUAAAGAAACUUGUUUUAGAGGCUGUGACUUUUGGGUCUUUUCUCUGGGAUGUUGAGAGCUAUGUGGACUCUAGGUACCAUUUUGUCUUGAACUGAGUAAGCCCCACCAGGUGGGAGCCUUGUGCAUUGGGUUGUCCUCUUGAGCUCUGUUUGCUCCCAUACAUGACAAGGCAUAGUUAAUAAUAGUGUGAUGGUACCGACUGAUGGAGUAUAUUUUCUUCCAUGUUAAAAGUUCAAGAUAUUGUUCACUAAUCAUCUGUAUAUACUAUAUAGUUAUAGGGCUGUGAAUUUUACUAAUGAAAGGAAGGUUAUUUACAAGGUAAA